AUAUUAAUUAUUAGAUUAAAGCACUUUAUAAAAGGAAGAUAUUGGAAGAUUUCUCAGAUUGUAGGAAAUGAGAGCAUAGAUCUGAUAGGCUAAUCGAAACACUUUGUUUGACAAGAAAGAAAAAUUAAGGCUCCCAAAACUGUGAGAGAAAAAUCAUGACAUUAGAAGCUGUGGUGUUUCAGCAAGACCAUUUUAGUUAUGGCUGCAAAGACUUCUAUAGCUUUGGAGAAGGAAGUGGAACCUGCAGCUAUGACUUUGGUUUUCAACAACAAGAAGAAAAAGCCUACUGCAAUACCGAAGAAACUCUUGCUAAAAGUAGAGGCUUUGGUUUCAGUGCAACUUGGGACACCUCCUCGUCACCUUCUUUAAUGGUGCAGCAACCUUUAAAGGAAUGGGACUCCAACUCUUCCUCCCCAGAUAAUCGCUUUACCAACGGUGGAUUCUCUGCGGUGGAACCACCACCAGCUGCCCCAUCGUGCCGGCGGAAGAGACGGCGAACCAAAAGUGUCAAGAACAGAGAAGAAAUAGAGAAUCAAAGGAUGAUUCAUAUUGCUGUUGAAAGAAAUAGGAGGAGACAAAUGAAUGAUUAUCUUGCUGUUCUUAGGUCUAUGAUGCCUACGUCUUACGUUCAAAGGGGGGACCAAGCAUCAAUCAUAGGAGGAGCAAUUAAUUUCGUAAAGGAGUUAGACCAUCUCAUUCAAUCUUUAGAAGCCCGGAAAAGAAUGGAAAAAAGAUCAGAUAACUCCUCCCUUUCUUUACUCUUCUCUGAUUUCUUUUCCAUUCCUCAGCACUCAACUAGCUCGAAUGGUAUCCACCUUAGCAGCGCGGCGGCCCCCGACAAGUCAAUGGCUGAGAAACUGCCAUCAUCUGUUGCAGAUGUUGAAGUAACCAUGGUGGAGAGCCAUGCAAACCUCAAAAUACUAGCGAAAAGACACCCAAAACAGCUCUUGAAGAUGGUUACCGGGCUUCACUCUCUCGGCCUUCUCGUGCUUCACCUUAAUCUCACAUCUGUUGAAAAUAUGGUUCUCUAUUCUUUGAGUGUUAGGGUUGAAGAUAAUUGUCUGCUAACUACGGUGAAUGAAAUUGCAACCGCUGUUUAUGAGAUGGUGGACAGAUUUCAAGAAGAGGCAGCUGCUUAA